UCGGGUGAUGAUGCGUGGAUGAUGAUGAUGAUGAUGAUGCGGGGAUGAAUCUCUCCGCGGUGCGGGAGGGAGGAUGUAUCUCCACCGCCGCAGCUCCUGCUGAGGAUCAGAGCAGUGGAGAGGAGAAACAGAGAGAAUCCCCUGACGGAGCCGCUUCCUGCGGGGACGGAGCUGCUGCUGCUGCUGUAGACGGACCUGCAGAACCGGAACCUCCUCGGUGCGGGGCGGAACCGCCGCGGAGCCACCAGGACCGGGACCAGGACCGGGUCAGUACCAACCCGUCCUCCUGGACUCCUCAGUUCCACCUUCGGAUCUAAUUUUAGCCGCUAAACCUCGGAGGGAUUAAAGUCUUAGCCGAGCAGGGUCGACGCUCCGACUCACCGGUCAAUGACCUCUCCGGUCGGUGAACCCGGGGGGGAUUCACCGUGGAUCCAUCCUCCAACCCCCGGGAGGAACCGAGGAACCUGAGGAACCAGGAACUGGACUGUUAGGGGUCUAGAUACGACCCUGACCCUGGACCUGGACCGUUAGGGGGUCUAGAACCUGGACCAGGACCUCGUAGACCAUCAUGCCGCGGGGGUCCCCCCCCAGAUCCACCUCCUCCUGACCCCCAGGAUGUUCCUGAAGCAUCGGACCCUGGUCCUGGUCUUCACGGCGGUCUCCUUCUCCACCCUGCUUCUCACCUUCAGGGACCCCGGGGCGUACCUGCUCAGGUACGCGGCGGCCCGGCUGUUUCCCAGGGGGCCGUGCGGCUGCCGGCGCUGCGUGGCGGCGCUGCGGGACGACGCCUGGUUCAGCCAGAGAUUCAACCAAUCGGUGCAGCCGCUGAUGACCCGGGAAAACAGCGUCCUGACGGAGGACACCUUCACCUGGUGGCAGUGGCUGCAGGCGGAGCGCCACCCCGCCUCCUACCCGCUGGUCGUGGACCAGCUGUUCCAGCUGAUCCCGGACCAGGACCGGUACCAGGACGCGGGUCCGGAUCGCUGCAGGACCUGCUCCGUGGUGGGGAACUCCGGGAACCUGAAGGGGUCCGGGUACGGGGCCCUGAUCGACUCCAGGGACCUGGUCAUACGGAUGAACAAGGCUCCCACCAGAGGGUUCCAGGACGACGUGGGAACCAGAACGACACACCACGUCAUGUAUCCAGAAAGCGCCGUAGACCUGGACAACGACACCAGUCUGGUUCUGGUUCCCUUCAAGACCCUGGACCUGCAGUGGCUCGUCAGCGCUUUGACCAACGGAACCAUCCAGAGAACGUAUUUACCAGUGAAGUCGAAGGUUCAGGCCAACAGAGAAAAGGUUCUGGUCUACAGUCCGACCUUCUUCAAGUACGUGCACGAGUCCUGGCUCGAGGGUCGGGGCAGAUAUCCGUCCACCGGCUUCCUGAGCCUCAUGCUGGCGCUGCACAUCUGUGACGAGGUCAGCGUCUUCGGGUUCGGGUCCGACCAGUACGGGAACUGGCAUCACUACUGGGAGACAAACGUCCUCUCUGGAGCUUUCCGUCUCACCGGCGUCCACGACGGAGACAUGGAGUCCAACGUGACGCUGCUGCUGGAGGACAGGGACAAGAUCCAGAUGUUCAGGGGACAACGUGACACUGGAGGACAGGGACAAGAUCCAGAUGUUCAGGGGACAACGUGACACUGGAGGACAAGGACAAGAUCCAGAUGUUCGGGGGACAACGUGACGCUGGAGGACAGGGACAAGAUCCAGAUGUUCAGGGGACAACGUGACGCUGGAGGACAGGGACAAGAUACAGAUGUUGAGAUGAUGAACGUUGAUCCAGAUCCAGAUGUUUCCUCAUCAGGAAGGUGUGGUUAUCAGUAAGUGUGUGACGCGAUAAGUCCGUGAACUUCUCUCAGAGCUGCUCCUCAGCCAAUGUCCUUGAUGUUAUCAGGCUGCUCGGUACAGUUCUUGGAGGGAGAUCCGCAGGUGUUUGUGGGAGAGGGGAGGGUUCGUGGGGGCAGAGUCGUCUUGCCGAGCUUCCAACUUCUCCAAGGUCUUCUCCAUCUUACCAAUGAGCUCAAAGACGCCGCCAGCCUGAGAUUCUGUUCAAGAAUCACAUCCAGCUUACGGCUUUGCUCCCCCAGCGUUAAAGUUUGAGUGGGGAUUCCCGUGCUCAUUCCUUCAGCCACGUCCGGCAGCUCUGAAAGAGCCAAAUCAGCUGCCACAGACUUACGCGAUUGUCGAUAGGCCAGGGAAAUCCCCACUCCAAUUAGAAGAAAUCCUGCUAUCAUAAAUCCAAUUAUGAAGCAUCUUCAACGUCCUCGACGGUCAACAUCUUGAGGCACAACGGCUUCCAAUUUUUGUAGGAAUCCAGUGUGUAUCCAGCAAAAAAUGUCCCAUGGGGGCACGAGGGCUCCCUUACCCCCUGACUUCUCAUCGGAAAAAUUUGGUCAAUUGUGCUGAGAGACCAGUUAACCAAUUCCAUGAUUGUAGAGUUUUCGGGAAGAGUGGAAAUGAGAGGCUCUGAAGACGAGACAGGACAAAAGCAGGCAGGAAAGGUUGAUAAGGGAGAGGAGCAGAAAAAGCGUCCGCCUUCACUGAGAGCCGGAAGAUGAAGAAUAACAUCUUAAAAUAUCAUUAUAACAUGUUAAAACAUUAUAACAUGCUAAAACAUAGUUGUAACUUAUUAUAACGUCAUUAUAACAUGUUAAAAC